AAGAAAACAUUUGUUCAUCGUAAGAAUGGCCUGACAGAUCAAAUCGGGGUCUCAAAUAUACUUCCCGGAACCUUUGCGUCCUUCGCUAGUUGCUCGACGAACAGAAUUGUUGUUACCAAGAUGAUGUAAACACUAGUUUGUGCACCUAGUGUGUAAUUAUAACUGUAUUAUGUUGUUUUAAAUUGAGCCAUGGGAGUGCACGGACUUUGGAGGCUCCUGGAGAGCACGGGGAAACCCAUAAAUCCAGAAACUCUGGAGGGUAAAAUUCUUGCUGUUGAUAUCAGUAUUUGGCUCAACCAAGCCGUGAAGGGGGUCCGAGACCGUGAAGGCAACAAUGUCCAGAACGCCCAUCUUCUCACUCUCUUCCACCGCAUCUGCAAGCUGCUCUAUUUCCGCAUCAGGCCAGUGUUUGUCUUUGAUGGAGAUGCUCCACUGCUGAAGAAGCAAACUCUGGUCUUGAGACGGCAGAGGAAGGAAGAGUUGCGCCAAGAGUCCCAAAAGACGAAUGAGAAACUCCUCAGGACAUUCCUGAAGAGGCAAGCUAUCAAAGCAGUGCUUGGAGAUGACAGUAAGGAUCCGCUACCAAGCCUAUCCAGUGUGAAGAGAAAUGAGGUGGAUGACAUGUACGUUCUACCAGCCCUGCCGCAGGCAGAUGAGGACAAAAAAAGCAGUUCAGAGGAGGAGGAGGAAGAGAAAGAGGAUGAGGUUGAUGAUAUUCAUCAGGGGGAGGAAUUUUACGACGACCCCAACUCUGUGGACAUCAACUCGGAGCAGUUUGCCUGCCUCCCACUUGAAAUGAAACAUGAGCUCCUCAAAGACAUGAAAGAGUUUUCCAAAAGGCGCCGGACCCUUUACCACAAACCCCCCGAGCUCUCCACAGAUUUUUCCCAGUAUCAGUUAUCCGGCUUGCUGCACAGGAACAAGCUGAAUCAACGUCUGGAGGGAGUUGAAAAAGAAAUGAACGAGCGCAGCGCCGGCAACGCGCCGCAGCUUUCCGGGCAGGACCGGCCGAGCCACGACGUGGAGUCGCGUCGCCUUGUUUCCGAAGAUAACUCUCACUACAUCCUCAUUAAAGGCUCGAGCCAAAGUAAAACUCCCUCAGCGAGCCAGCCGGUUUCCGCACCCUGGAGCGGGAACGCCCUAGCGGGCUUUAUAGAGAGAGCCGUGGACAAACCGGAGCCCCUGUGGCGACCAAUCUCCGAGGAUGAAGAGAAAAAGCAAGUUCCACCUCCAGACGAUUGUCAGGCAUCCGCGUCCAAACUCCAUUCGCCGCCCUCGCCUCGUACAUUGAAGGCCAUCCAGGCCGCCAUGAGCGACAGCUCGGAUGUGGAGAAGCAGGAAGAGAGCGACGGUAAGGUCUCUCCGCGAACUCUGAUCGCCAUCCAACGAGCUCUAGAGGAGGACGAGAAGGAAGAUGGAGCGACGCGUCAGACGCCGAGCGCCAGCUCUGUCGCCAAGUUGCAAAUGGACAUCGGUAGUUCAGAGGAGGAGACAGAACCUAUCGGAGACGCCAAAGAAAAAACGGAUUUUAAGCGCGUCGCCGAUCAUUUGUUCGAUAGUGGUUCCGAUUCGAUGGAUGAGGUCAUCGGACGGAGGUAUGAAGCGGUUCACACUUCAGCUGCGACUCAGAAACUGAAGGAAGGAUCCGACAACGUCAGGGAGGAGGCCAGCGAGGUCAACAAGGACGAGGAACUAUUUAAAGAUGAAUCGGCUGCCGCCGUGACGCUCAGUAGAAAGGCCGACGAGACAGGUGAGUCGGAGCAAGGCUCGAUUUUGGGGAAGGAACAGCGCGACCAUCCCGUGGCGGCCGAGCGGCUCUUCGCGAAACGACUCGGGGACUCCCCGAGUCACCUUGAGCCGCCUGAGCGGAUCAAUAAUGAAUCGCCCCCUCUACAAAUCAGCCUUAAUGCUGAGAUCAUCGACGAUAGCGAAUCAGACGAGAGCUUCGUUGAAGUAUCGGAAGAGGGCGCAGAGGAGAUCUAUGAAGAGGAGACCACUCAAGCAGAAAGUCAGUCGGCCGCCGUUCCAGACGAGGCUUCGAAGGUCAACGACGAGCCAGACACGAAAACACAAACUGACGAGAAGGAAGAGUCGGACGAGGGAAAAGAGGACAUUUCCCCCUCCGGCCCUGCAGUUAACGAGUGGGAAGAUUUGAACGUGGAUGAGCUGCAGUCUCUGGAGACUUCUCUGCUGGCGGAGCAGAGCAACCUGAAAGAGCAGAAACAGCAGCAGGAGAGGAUGGCCAAUACCGUCACAGGUCAGAUGUACCUGGAGAGCCAAGAGCUCCUACGUCUGUUCGGGAUUCCCUUCCUGGUAGCUCCGAUGGAGGCGGAGGCGCAGUGCGCCGCCCUCGACCGGGCCGACCAAACCAACGGGACCAUAACCGACGACUCGGACGUUUGGCUGUUUGGGGGGCGACAUGUUUACAAGAACUUCUUCAGCCAGAAUAAAUACGUGGAGCACUAUCAGUUCAGUGACCUGCAGAACCAACUGGGUCUGGACAGAACCAAACUGAUCAACCUGGCUUACCUGCUCGGAAGCGAUUACACCGAGGGCGUGCCCGGGGUCGGUUACGUGACCGGCAUGGAGAUCCUGAACGAAUUCCCUGGACCUGGCCUGGAGCCGCUAACGCAGUUCUGGACGUGGUGGUCGGAGGCGCAAGAGAAAAAACGUUUGACGGCCGACCCCCGGGACACAAAAGUGAGAAAAAAGCUGAGAGGGCUGAAACUUCAGACCGGUUUCCCGAACCCCGCCGUGGCUCAGGCUUACCUGCAGCCCGCCGUGGACGGGUCGGACAGCUCGUUCAGCUGGGGACGCCCUCAACUGGACAUGAUCCAAGAUUUCUGUCAGAGUCGUUUCGGAUGGGCCGGUCGAAAAACGACGGAAACUCUUCAGCCUGUCAUCAAGCAACUCAACUCACAGCAGACUCAGCUACGGAUCGACACGUUCUUCCGCAUGGAGCAAGAGGAAAAGCAGGCGGUCCGAAGUCAACGUCUCCGCCGCGCCAUCACCUGCAUGAAAAGGAAGGAGAACGGAAACGACGGCGCCGAGUCCGACGAGGAAAUCGGCACGCCGCCUAAAUCUAAGAAAGGGAAGACGAUAGAAGAGGGCCGGAAGAAAGCUGAAAAUAGCAACAGGAGGGAAUGGAAUGAAGGGGUGGGAGGGGGCGGCGGCUUUUUGGGUUCUGAGGAAAUUGCACAAACACCUUUGAACGGAGUGAGUAGCGCUAGCCAGGAGGAACGUUUGCCAAAAGCUUCCAAGACUGGACCAAAGCACACAAAGCGGAGCAGCAGCAGCAGCUCUGGCGAAGACAGCGAAGAGAAUUCCGCUAAAGUCGCCAUGGUUACGGCUCAAUCUGUGUUCAAGGGGAGCACGAGAGCUCGCGGUCAUAAAAGCAGGAGAGCGAGAGGACGAGGAAAGAAAAACUGAAAUGAAUUAUUAGCAAUGUAUUUUAAAAUUUAGGAUGCAAUCAUUGGAUCUUUUUAUAUGAAACUGAAUAAAAUGAAUUUCCCUAG